CCUUCCUCUUUGCUUCCUCUGUUUCAUUUUCCUUUUCUUAUUUGUCGAGGUGUUUUUUCUUCUUUUGGAUCGGCGAUCUUUAUUUUUUUUGCGUGAUCUUGUUCGAGGCUAAUUUGAUUCCGAGAGGGUUUUCUCGUCCUGAAAAAUCAAGCAAAUUUGCCAGUCGUCUAGUAUUAUGGCAGAGGAUGGGUUCAAGGUCAAGUUACACAUCUAUGAUCUAAGCCAAGGACUUGCUAGGCAACUUUCAACGACAUUUCUGGGAAAGGCCAUCGAGGCUGUUUGGCAUACUGGUCUUGUAGUAUAUGGAAAAGAGUAUUACUUCUCAGGAGGCAUUCAACAAGAUACAGCUGGAAGGACUCCUUAUGGAACUCCGAUGAGGGUUGUGGAGUUAGGCGUGACACAUGUUCCUGAGGACGUAUUUGUGUUGUACUUGCAGGAGAUUAGUCCACGUUUCACAGCUGAAACUUAUAACCUUCUGACCCACAACUGCAACAAUUUCAGCAAUGAGGUAGCACAGUUUCUUGUUGGUGCCACUAUUCCAGACUACAUUCUUCAAUUACCUAAUGAGGUGAUGAACAGCCCAAUGGGUGCACUAUUAUUUCCAAUGCUCCAGCGACUGGAGACUACUCUUAAGUCCGGUGCUGUGCCUCAAACUCCUCAGUUCUAUCCUCUCUCUGCUGCCCAGUCCGGUGCUGCACCUCAAAAUCCUCAUUUCCAUCCUGCCUCUGCUCCCGCCAGACAUGUCACGAGUGUUGCUACUUCAACCCUGACCAAGGUGGCCGUGAAUGAACAAACGACCAUCAUGAGCGUCGAUUCAAAAACAUCAACCAAGACAUCUGAGAAAGGUAGUGCAGAAUCAGCUGCGGCAAAAUCUGUCAAACAGCCCGAGGUGGGUGAUCCUCUUGGUGAGGCUCGCAGCAGAGCCCAGGAUGAGAUCACCAAGGAAUUUGCUGCAAUUAUGGCAACCGGUACACUUCGUGCAAGUGAGGCUGCUGCCCUUGCAACCAAAAGGGUUAUGGAACGACAUGGGCGUUUAAAUGCCUCAGUUCAGCAAGGAUAAGGUUUAAUUACAAUUAACUCAUACCAUUCUUUGGAAGCAGCCAUGUAAUUUGAUUGCCACUCUUUCAUGUCUCAGCUGGUAUCUGUUAAGAGAUUUAAUAUGCUUGAUUCACUACUUUAGAACUUAACUAUAAUUGCCUAUUUAUCUUA